UACGCGAAAUGUUCUAAACAAGGCGUGCUCUAUGCUAGGUGCGUUUUACUCAAAGAUUCCGAGAUAAAAAAGGACGAUUGCACGAAAGAGUUUCAAGAGUUCAAGAUCUGUUUACAAAGCGCUGCGAAAGGUUUAAAAACAAGGAUAUGAGAUGGAAAAACUGAUGCGAUUACCGUUUAGUGGGCACGUGAUUAUAGCUUUUAUUAUUCGUAUGUUAUUUAUUGUGUACGCAAAUUAUCACGAUAAGCAUUUCGAUUUGCCAUAUACGGAUAUUGAUUAUACGGUUUUCACGGACGCGGCGAAACAUGUAUACAAUGGUCGGUCACCAUACAGGCGCCAUACCUAUCGCUACAGCCCUCUAAUUGCAUAUCUUGUAUUACCAAAUGUAUUUUUACAUAUUAAUUUCGGCAAGAUAUUAUUCUGCAUCUUUGAUAUUCUGAACGCCUUCGCUAUAAAGAAACUCGUAGAACGACAGAUUGAUGGUAGAAAUUUAAAAGUACCCACAUAUUGUACAUUGUUUUGGCUUUACAACCCAAUGAGUAUUGCUAUAUCGACAAGAGGAAACGCGGACUCCGUCCCUUGCUUUUUCAUUAUUCUCUCGCUUAUGUUUUUACAAACUGACGUCAUAAACGGUCUGUGCAAGUAUGCCGUUUCAGGAUUUCUCUUGGGUGUAUCCAUACAUUUGAGGUUAUAUCCAAUCGUUUUCUCUUUUCCUAUGUAUUUAUCAUUGGGAACUUAUAAUAUUAGUAGAAAAACACGACUUUUAAAUGGAUUAUUACAGUUAUUACCGAAUAAGAAGCAAAUAGUUCUCGCGUUUAGUUGUAUUAUAACUCUAUUUGCACUCAUUUAUAGUAUGUACUAUUUAUAUGGAUACGAAUUUCUAUUCGAGACAUACAUUUACCAUAUCUUUAGAAAAGAUGUUCGGCAUAACUUCUCGGUUUUAUUCUAUUACACGUAUUUGACUGCUGGGCAAAUAACAAUAGAUUUAGUCAAAAUUCUAACACAGCUUUGUGAGUGUAUUCUGUUAUUUGUUAUUAGUUUAUCAUUUGGUGUGCAACCUAAGUCGACGCCAUUUGCAAUUUUCUGUCAAUCUGUUGUUCUAGUUGCGUACAACAGUGUAAUGACGUCACAGUAUUUCAUUUGGUUUUUAACACUUUUGCCGUUGGUUAUACACAAUUUAAAAAUAAAUCUUAAACUCGCACUAUUUCUGAUAGUCGUGUGGACCUUUCCCCAAGCCUUAUGGUUAUAUUUCGCUUAUUUAUUGGAGUUCAAAGGGGAAGAUGCUUUCCUUUACAUUUGGAUGAGUGGUAUUUUGUUUUUCUGUGCAAAUAUUUAUAUUCUGGGGCAAUUGAUAAAAAAAUACUGCCCAGAUAUUGAUAAAUUAUCUUUAGUAGAAAAAGUUAAAAGUAAAUAGGAAACUUUUUGUAGAUAGUAGAUAAAAGUAGGUAAAUAAAGAGAUUUUAAAUAA